AUGCCUCCAAUUCACAGCCACGUCGUCAAUCACAUCGCAAUCUCCGUCCCGGACUGUGACAGCGCAGUGGAGUGGUACGCCUACGUCUUUGGGUUCAAGAAGAUCAGAAGCGACAAAUUGAUCAACCGGAGCGCAAAUGCAGACGCGCCCAUAUUCCGUCUUUACGGCAACACUCUCCAAAAGGUCAAAAUUGCCUACCUGUCCACGGGUAACAAUGUUGGCUUGGAGAUUUUCGAAUUUAUCGAUCCGCCUCACCAGCCUGUCGCAUCCUCGUCGCACUUUGAGUAUACUAGAGCAGGCGUUUUUCAUAUAUGCUUCACGACGCCGGAUGUUGAUGAGGCCAUGAAACGAGUGCUUGAGAAGGGUGGGACACAAGUGGGCGAGACGGUGGAAGUAGGGAAAGAGGUCGAUGGAAGCAUUAUCAAAGUCGCGUACGUGAAAGAUCCAUGGGGUACAGUUCUCGAGAUGAUGAGUUGCAGCUUUGAGAGGCUGAUGGCAAAUAAGGAGUGA